AUGUAUCUGGUAGAUGCCUCCGACGCCACACACUGCAAAGCCUUCCCUACCAUUCUGACUAAAGCUGCGAUGAAAUGGUAUGACGGCCUACCUCUAAGGUCGGUCGCCAACUUCAACGACCUAGCCAGGAAAUUUCUGACCAGAUUCUUUAUUCAAAAGGAUAAAACAAAGCAUGCCUUGAGCUUGCUAGGAGUAAAACAAAUGGUUGGGGAAACCCUUCGAGAUUACAUUGAAAGGUUCAACAAAGCUUGUUUGAAAAUCCAGAGUCUGCCAACUGAAGUCAUAAUUAUGGGCUUAGUUAAUGGCCUCAGAGAAGGACCAUUCUCCCAUUCAAUAUCCAAAAGAUACCCGACCUCUCUGAAUGAGGUUCAGGAAAGGGCAGAGAAGUAUAUUAACAUGGAAAAAAAUUCCCGACUAAGAGAGUCUCCUUUAAGGUCAUUCCUACCCUUUUCAUCUCGGGACAAAGAAAGGGAGCCCAAGAAAAAAGAGGACCCAAACAUACAGAAACCUCGAAAAUACAACAAUUACACUUUUCCCAGGGUCUCCUUAGUGGAUGUGUACAGAGAGAUAUGUCACACGGAGAAGCUUCCACCCCCUCAUCCGAUUAAGCACAAGAAAGCCGGAAGUCGGACAGAGUAUUGCGAGUAUCACAAGCUCUAUAGACACUCCACCAAUGAAUGUUACGACCUGAAGAACAUCAUAGAAAAGUUGGCCGGAGAAGGCCGACUUGAUAGAUACCUGGCAGACAGAUCGGAUGACCCGAGAAAGAGAAGAAGGGAUGAAGAAGGAGGACAACCAGAACGACCUCCUCACACCCCGGAGCGACACAUCCAUAUGAUUAAUGGAGGGUUCGUAGGAGGAAAAAUGUCAAAAUCCUCACAGAAAAGGCGCCUUAAAGAAGUGUACCAGGUUGGCGAAAGCAGUCAACUGACCGACCUGCCCACCAUCUCUUUCAUAAAGAAAGACGCGCAAGGUUUACUGUCCGGGCACGACGAUCCAAUAGUGAUAAAAAGACCUAAAGACAUACCCUGA